AUGGCCACAUUAGACACGAUAUCUAUUCAAGCGUCUUCGUUGGGGGCGGAUGUCGUCGGAGCUGUCGAUAAAGACAACAGCAUUGCCUUGUUUAGAGGAAUCCCGUAUGCGACAUUCCCAAAACGCUGGACUCAUAGUGAGACGUUACACUCCCUUGAGAAUGGAUUCAAUGCCACAAAGAUGGGACCGAGAUGUCCACAGCUUUCGGGCAUGGUGCUGGUUGCUGGCGGCACCAAUGAUCCUCUUCCCGGAGAUGAUGAAUUCAAUUGUUUGAACAUGAACAUUGCUGUUCCCCAAGAGGCUUUAGGAGCAGGGAAGGCGAAACCACUUCCAGUCAUGGUGUGGAUCCAUGGUGGUGCUUUCGCAUUCGGGGCCAAUUCCGUCGCUAGAUAUCGCCCACAGGCGUUUGUCGCACAAUCACGGAAAACUGGCACCCCAGUCAUUCUCGUGCAGAUCAACUACCGGCUCGGCCCACUAGGGUUCUCGGCGUCGGAUGAUCUGGCUGAGGAGCUCAGUGGGGGAUCGAAAGAAUCCCCUGUUGGGAAUUUCGGUCUCAUUGAUCAGCGAAAUGCUCUAGAGUGGGUAAACAGACAUAUUUGCGACUUUGGCGGUGAUCCGUCUAAUAUUACUGUCUUCGGCGUAAGUGCCGGAAGUGUCAGUAUUCACAUGCAUCUACUUGCUGAACAUGCACUCUUCGACCGGGCGAUCAUGAUGUCAGGUGCCGCGCCUAUUUUGAGUCCUCUUCGAUCAGAGAUUUAUCAGGAAGAGUGGGACAGCCUGUGCCGCAAAACAGGCGCCGACGCACCUACUGCUUCUGAAAGAACAGCAAAGCUCAGAGAACUGGAUGUUCUCGAUAUUCUUAGAAAUUCGAGCCCUGCGGCAAUGGGUCCUUCGAUUGAUGGCAUUCUUUUGAAACAAGGCUGGAAAUACAACGAUAACGUGGCGAACACAAGAUGCAAAGAAAUUAUCCAGGGAGACACGAACGUUGAGGCCAUUAUCUUUGAUGGCCUUCUCAAACGUCUACCCCAAGACCGCUUCCAUGAGCUGGUUGACAAUGCACUCCCAGCCCAAACAGCAACGGAACUAUACACUCACUUUGGCUUCACACGCCAAUCCCAGUCCGAGGAAAGCUUCCGCAAAGCAUUCCGACUUCUUGUCGGGAAUACAAUUUUCAAUUACUCGCACGUUGGCAUUGCAGAAGCCUCCCGAAACUCUGAUCUGUGGAGGGAUCAUGUAUACAUGUACCACUGGGAAGAACCCUCGCCGUUCCCCGGACCAACUUGUGGCCUUUCCUAUCACGGUCUGUGUGCCCUGCUCUUGCAUUUGAAUGAGUUCCAAAAUUGUCCGCCUUCAACGCAGCAGGUUUCUCUGGAGGCUGCUCGGAUCUGGUCUGCUUUUGCUCAUGGUCAGCAGCCUUGGGAGCCAUACUCGGACCGGAGACGGUUUAUGCGCUUUGGCCCCGGUGGUCACUCUGGCUUGCAUACGUUUGAGAGUGAUAAUACUAGGAAUUAUGGGUUCCAGGAAUGGCUUGGCGCUCACCUUGAUGAGGUGGGUGUGUUUGUUCGAAAAUUGGUUCUUGAUUUGGAGAAUAACAAUGUUUAA